GUCACAGUCGCUCAAACCCUCCCCCCUCCCUCUCCCUUGGCUCCUGCUUUCCCAUGGAGGAGAAUCUCGGGGCGCUUUGCAGAAUAUGAUGUUCCUCAGAUGUCUUGAGCUGCUUCCCUUAAACUCCGAAGACUCUUCCCUUGAGUGAAGGAAAGCUGGUGGAGAUGCUUUGUCUCCAUUUUUGGUGCCUUCCAUCCAUGUUUGGGUUGAACAAUUCCUUGGACGCCACUUGCUUUGCUCCAAAUAGAUCAAGGCUGUGCCCUGAUAUCCGACGCUAACAAGAGUCCAUCCCUUGGGCUGAGAGAGUGUGACUCCACCAUGCCUCUCCAGAGCUUUCUAGCCUUCGUUGUCCUCUUCUCCCUUUCUUUGGCCUUAUCCAACCAGCCUCCCAACAUUGUCCUGAUCUUUGCUGAUGACUUGGGUUUUGGGGACCUGGCCUGCUAUGGUCAUCCGGGCUCCUCCACGCCAAACCUGGACAAGAUGGCUGCUGCUGGGUUGCGCUUUACGGAUUUCUACAGCAGCAGCCCCGUCUGCAGCCCCUCCAGGGCUGCUCUGCUGACCGGACGCUUCCAGACCCGCUCCGGCGUCUAUCCGGGCGUCUUCUACCCCGGUUCCCGUGGAGGUCUCCCUUUGGCCGAAGUGACGCUGGCGGAGCUGCUGAAGGGCCGGGGCUACGCCACUGCUGCGGUGGGCAAGUGGCACCUGGGGCUGGGGCCAAACGGCACCUUCCUGCCCACCAACCAAGGAUUUGACCACUACCUGGGGGUGCCCUACUCUCACGACCAGGGUCCGUGCCAGAACCUGACCUGCUUCCCUCCGGACGUGCGCUGCUUUGGCUCCUGCGACCAAGGCGUGGUCUCCGUCCCCUUGAUGUGGAACCAGAGCAUCCUGGAGCAGCCGCUCUCCUUCCCAAAACUCCAGGCCCGCUACACCGCCUUCGCCAGGGACUUCAUCACCAGCGCAGCCAAGCGCAGGCUCCCCUUCCUCCUGUACUACGCAUCCCAUCACACCCAUUACCCCCAGUUUGCAAGCGAGGAGUACACUGGGCGGUCACCCCGGGGGCCUUUUGGAGACGCUCUCCUUGAAUUUGACGGAUCUGUCGGACACAUCCUACAGGCUUUGCAAGAGGCCGGAGUGGACAAGAAUACACUGGUGUUCUUCACUGCCGACAACGGCCCCGAGACCAUGCGAAUGUCUCGCGGUGGCAGCUCCGGACUCCUCAAGUGCGGCAAAGGCACUACUUAUGAAGGCGGGAUGCGGGAGCCAGCCAUUGCCUAUUGGCCAGGACGUAUUGCACCAGGGGUCACCCAUGAAUUGGCCAGCAUCCUGGACAUCUUGCCAACGGUGGCGUCCAUAGCCGGAGUGGCCCUUCCCAACGUGACUUUGGAUGGCUAUGACCUCAGCCCCGUCCUCUUUGGGAGCAGCAAGAGCCCCCGCCAGCUGAUGUUCUACUACCCUCCUUCACCAAACCAGUUGCUGGGGGUCUUUGCAGUCCGCUAUGGGAAAUACAAGGCCCACUUCUUCACCCAAGGUGCCUUCCACAGCGACACGACCCCAGACGCUGACUGCCACGGGCUGACCCCCCUGAAGGCCCAUGACCCCCCGCUACUCUUUGACCUGGAGGCUGAUCCCGCAGAGAACUACAACCUCCUCCAAGGCGAUGCCAUGGGGCCGGACCUUCUCACCAUCCUCAAGGAGACCCGCUUGCAGAAGGCGCUCUUCGACCUGCGCAUGGAGUUUGGGCAGAGCCAGACGGCCAGGGGGCAGGACCCUUCCCUGGAGCCCUGUUGCAACCCCCAGUGCGGGCCCAAGCCCUCCUGCUGCAGCUGCAAUAAGGCCUCUUAGCACCCCCUCUUUCCUAUCCAUUUGGGGAAGUUACUUAUCCCAGGCUGCAAGUACUGAGUACUCCUCUCCAGACAAGAUUUUGAGGAAUUGCUCUUUUUGGGACUUCAACUCCCAUCGUUCUCAGCUGGAAUCCACCAAGGGACUCUUUCCGAUUGCCUGUUGCAGCCCAGCCGCCUACGUGACCCCUUUUCCACCCAAACACCGCACAGAUGAACACGAAUAAGACGUUUAUUAAGAAAAGAGUAUCUAAUAUAAAAACAGUUUCAAAAUGCACCCUUGAGCUAGCUUUCCAGAAGCUUGACGAAAAGCAAGGACCAACUCUGAACAUCACUUAAAACACAAGCAAGCAACUGUAAUCCAAGGGGUUGUUGCACUAAAACUAGAAUUGUGUCCAAAAGCUUGAAAGUAUGAACAUGACCAUAACCCCAAGGCUUGAUACUCGAACUUGACUAUAACCCCCAAGUCUUGAAACAAGAUUUGUAAUCCAAACAGGAGGCAUGGGACUAAAACAGGAAAACAAGACCCAGACCUCAAAACAGAACUUGAACUCAGAGUUCUCAACAGGCAACUUGACCCAUGAAAAUCCAACGUUGAUCUCCCCACUGAACAUUGACUCCAAUUCCUUAAGAAUAUUCCCACUUGCCCAUGACAUCCGUCAUUCUCACACCCGGGUUUCCUUUGUUUAUCUUUCAGCCUCUGGGAACACCGGAUUUGUCUCUGUUUUGCACUAUCCCUUCAGAGCUGUAAAUGCUGGGUUAUCGGUAAUCCUUCUGUCUCCUCUGCAUUCUUUUCAGAGUCAAUCCCUGGCUGAUUCUUAUGAGAAUGACUGCCAAUUUCUCCAACAACAAAUCUAACCAAAACAUUCCCAUCGUCUCAAGAAACACUUUUGCUUUCCUCCACAGAAACACCAGGCUCAACCAGAAAAUCCUCGUCCUCAUCCUCAGAGGCUUCACAGGCCUCAACAUUGCCAUCCCUAUCCUAAGGAAUCAGUUCCAUAAUCCCUCGCCAUUGUUUUUAACAACCUCCUGGGGAAAUUUUAAUGCAAUGUGCUCUGCACAUGCUCAGAUGAACUCUUAUCACCGUUGGACGGUCCCCUAGGGGAAUUUUCAUGCAUUCUCUGCACAUGCUCAGGUGAAUGGAUCUCUUGCUAUUUAACAACCUCCUAGAGGAACGUAAUAUUCUCUGCACAUGCAUCGAUGAACUCUUAGUGCUCUUACGGAAUUAAAAUAAUGUUCUCUGCACAUAUGAACUGUUAUGGUGGCGCAGUGGGUUAAAUCCCUGUGCUGGCAGGACUGAAGACUGACAGGUCGCAGGUUCGAAUCCGGGGAGAGGCGGAU